AUGGGGCAAAGUCCGAGCUCCGUAAGGAGUAAAAGUAGCCGACAAAAGUCCUUUAGGGGUUUUAUGAGAAAAAGCAAAUUGAACAAAUCUAGUUUGAGCCAUACAUUCAAUUUGCCUUCCUCGGAAGAGUAUCCAGAACUAAUGAAUGUUAACACGGCAACGGAGGAACAGCUGAUGACGCUACCGGGAGUCUCUCGUCAGUUAGCUCAGGAGAUCGUGCGCCACCGGCAGAUGAUAGGAAGGUUCAAAAGAGUGGAUGACCUUGCCCUUGUCUCAGGUAUUGGAGCUGAAAAAUUGGAAUUAUUGAGGCCAGAAAUAUGUACAAACACCAGAAAACAAUUAUCUAGGGCGAGCUCCUGUACACAAUCAUUAGAUAGCAUUAGGAUUAACUCUGAGAGCAGACUAUGUUCUGUAAAUUCUUCUAGUGUUUUCCAAUUGCAAUGUGUGCCUGGUCUCAACCAAGAAAUAGCAGCCAAUAUAGUGGAUUAUCGUAAUAAAAAAGGUCCCUUCAAAUCAUUAGAUGACUUAAUAAAAGUCCGGGGAAUGGAUAUUAUAAGACUUAGCACAGUAAAACAACAUUUGAGUUUGGAACUAAGAAAAUGUGAAAGUGUACAACACCUUAAUGGAUACGCUAAUGGUUGGGGAGACAGACAUUUAAACGGAGCAUUGUCUAAUGGAGUUACAACAAGCACACCUAAGUCUCCCCACAGGAAGAGUUUGUCUAUGCCAUCAAAAUUACUGGUGACCUUGCCAAACGGAUUUGCUGCAGCCCCAGUCAACGAUAUCCUAGAUUUACUCUCAGCAUAUUCUCAUAGGCCAAUAGUUGAAGAUGUAUUCAGAUAUGAGAGGGAUGGAAUGAGAUGUUGUCGUAUAGCAUCGUGGAAUCUUCAUCAACUUAGCAUAGAAAAAAUAACCAAUCCUGGAGUUAGAGAAGUUAUUUGUAGGACAAUUUUAGAAAACAAGUUAUCGAUAAUAGCCGUUCAGGAUGUUCUGGAGGAGGCAGCGCUGAAGAUGAUCUGUGAGGAGCUCAACUCGCCGGUGCUUCGACGCGUACGCGAGUGGAGGAGUAACAGCUGCCGGUGGGAAUACUGCAUAUCUCACCGGAUGAACAACCAAUACCUGGGGUUCAUCUUCGACGCCGGCAACAAAAGCAUCACCGUAGAAGACGUGGAUUUGGAACAGUUGCCGCUCGUCACUGAAGCCAACGGGGUCCGAAACCUUGUGAGACAGUUGGAGGCUCUGCGGCAUGAAAGGAGGGCGGUGGCUGACGCCAAGGCGUUCCUUUUAUGCGGGCGGCCAGUGGUGGUGGUAAACGUGCGGUGCAGUGGACUGUUGAGCAGUGAAGACUGCCGCCUGCUGAAGAGCGCUGCUGAUGUUGCGGCCGCCGCGCCGAUACCGCUGGCCGUGGUAGGAGAGCUGCAGGAUCGAAACAACUUACACUCUUUAGAAACUUACCAGUCACUGCUUAACGAAGAGAUAUCAACCACAGUCGAUCAGAACUACAAAGGUUUGACGUGCAUUUUAUGCCCGGGGACCAUAGACAAAAGCAACUUUAAUGGCCGCGCGGGCGCCGUCAGGUCCGGACUCAGUCACCUCGCGAUCCCACGCGGGUGGUCCUGGGGCGGCCCUGCCUCCCCUUACUGCCCAGUAUGGGCCGAACUAAAUAUCCCCGAUUGA